GUUGCCACUGUUACACUGCAGUGGGAGUAAUAGAUAUGGUGAAUGGAGUUUGAAUGUUUCUCGUGGUAUGAAUGUUUCCAAAGUGACAGUAACCUUGAUGAGAAACCUGCAGUUGUGUUUGUCUAACACAACUGAUUGUUGCAUGGAGCCACUUUGCGUUGUUGAGACUCUUCAAGUUUCUGCUUGCCGUGGUUCAACAGUGUUGGCAAAUCUCCUGAUUCAAGCUGAAAUAUAUGCCAACUCUUCCUUUACAGGAAAUGUGUCAGAAAAUGCAACAGUCAUCCCUAACCAAGUGUUCCAGCCCCUCGGCUCUUGUCCUUGUAACCUGACAGCUGGAAUUUGUGAUAUUCGUUGUUGCUGUGAUCUGGAAUGCACGCCAGAUUUGAAGCAGUUGUUCAGUGGAUCAUGUUUUGCUGGAGUGUUUGGUGGGAAUGUAAACCUGCCUUUUGACCAAUUGUGCUCUGUUCAGACAACGAACAGUGCUCCUGACUGGUUUCCCUUCUUGUGUGUACAGUCUUCUCUUAAUAAUACACCAUUUCUUGGCUACUUCUACCAUGGCUCUGUUUCUUCAUCUCUAGUUUCUUCAUUUAAGAUUCCUUUGCAAACUGUUCCAGAAAAACCUUUAAGUGGUUACAAACAAGGAGAUCCAAUUAUGACAACAGAGAAUGAGUAUUUUACAAUUCGUCAGCGAUCCAUGGCUGGGCAGUGUGUUGGAAACGCCCCAGUAGCAUUCCUUCAGAAUUUUGAUGUUAAAUGUGUUACUAGCCUGUCAGCUUACAAGGAAGGAUUGUCUCAUAAUGUGAUGAUAACCAGUGGUACUGGAGACACUGUCCAACAAAAUGUGAUCUAUGGGAAUGUAACUGAUGUACGUAACUUCAUCACUAAACCAGAAGACAUUCAGUCUACUGAAGUUUUAUGUAUAAAUGUGACCUUUGCAGAAUAUUAUAUGUUCAUAUGGAAAGGCAAGACAAUAGAGGAAAUAAAUGUCACAGUCCUCAUUGGAGAAUUAUGUGAUGGAGAAAUACUGACACAGAGAUUUUCAGUAAACUUUGUAAGCUUCAAUAGUACUAAUACAACAGAACUAUCUGGGAAUCCAGCCUCCCUGUUUUCUACCCUGCCACUGUUAAUAUUGAUAAUCCUGAAAAGUAUCAUCAGAUAUUGUGGAACUAAAAUAUUAGGGUCUGAUCGUGAAAACACUACCAGGCAUAGUGCUUGCUACUGUUACCAAGUUGGCAAACCUGUUAGAGCGGUAAAUAUUUCUUCUGAUACUGUUACCGCUCUAAAACUUUGGCAGCCAGUUGGCAAUGGUUUGUGUACAUCAGCAACUUUCACACCAGUUCUGUUUGGAUUAAAUUCACUGUCUGGAUGCAUUUUAGAAGUGAAUAUUAAUGAAGAUUGCGGUCAGUUAAGGGAGGAUGUAACUGAUAGACUUAAUUCAUUAAUACAAGCUACUCAUGUUGGGAAGAGAGGCAACUCAAGUUACAGUGAUCUAAAUGACUUGGUGGAAAUAAUACGUUUAGAUCCACCUAAUCCUAGUGCAAAUGCAAGUGUUGGAAAUUUGAACGGCAUCUGCUCAGAUAUUCCUGCUAACCUGAAUAUUCACAUAAUCACUGCUGAUGUGGGUGCAGUAGAAGGGAUUGCACAGGAAGAGAUACUCGGUGUACAGAUCAGUUUUUCAACAGUGAUAUGGCAAUUCCAAUGUGGGAUUAUCUGUGAAAAUAAAUCCAGUUCUCUUCCUAUCACUGCUUCAGUCCAGUUUAUUAAAGUACCAGCUCAACCACCCAUUCCAAUGACAAGAUUUCAGAUUAACUAUACAGAAUAUGACUGCAAUCGAAAUGAAGUUUGCUGGCCACAACUAUUUUAUCCAUUGACAUGGUAUUACACAGGAGAACCAUACUCUCAGUGUCUUGCCAAAGGCUUGAUACUGGCAUUUUUCUUUCUACUCGCAGCUGUUCUGAGUAAUCCUUGGAGCAGAAUCCUUAAAGUGUGAAAUAAUACUACAGUUUAAAA